AUGUUAGCCUAUGCGCAGACAUCGAAAGUUUAUGCAUGUUUAUGGGAAGGCUGUAAAAGAGAAGAAGCCUUCAAAGCGCAAUAUAUGCUUGUUGUACAUGUUCGACGACACACAGGCGAAAAACCGAAUGUCUGUACGUAUCCUGGCUGUGACAAAUCGUACAGUCGGCUAGAAAACUUGAAAACACACGUACGAACACAUACUGGUGAACGGCCAUAUCGAUGUGAAUUCCCAGAAUGUGGCAAAGCGUUCAGCAAUGCAUCCGACAGAGCCAAGCAUCAAAAUCGCACGCAUUCCGAUACUAAACCUUAUCAAUGUAUGGUCAAUGAUUGUGUAAAAAGUUACACGGAUCCAUCGUCGUUGAGGAAACACAUCAAAUCGGUGCAUGGCGAUGAAGCUUAUGAAAUGGCAAAGAAAAAUAAGGUUUAUCCAAGGCGUCGAAAUGGUACAGCUUCGGAUGCGCCUCAGUCGGCGGCAUUAAAACUGUCACAAGUGGUUCUCGAAAGAAGGCGAUUGCGGCUGAUCAGGCAUCGUGAUUACGACCUUCAAAAUUAUAACUGGUGA